CACAGAGUGAUAAAAGAGGAAUCUGGCAGACUGGUACUCUGCGAGCUUCCACAAAACACCAGAGAACAGUCUGUUCAAACCCUUGGCGGAAAACACAUGUACUUAAACUGCUCAAACAUCUUUACAGCACAGCCUUCAUUCAAUGUCUUUCAAGGGCUCUAUGAAAUGCCCUGUGCCUCCGUCCAGCCCCACAACCCUGGAGGCCAAGGUUGAUGACUUACGGUUAAAAGUGGAGCAGCUCCUCUUGAGCCCAGAGAGAAGUUGCCCCAUGUGUGGGACCUGCGUUCAGCACAGCACACUGCAGGAGACCGUGACCAGCCAGUUGUCAGCUCAGACCAGAUUGUUGGAUUCUCUUGAAAAGAAAGUCUUAGAGAUGAAAACCGCUCUGGAGGAUCUGGCACACAGUCUAGAGGACAGACGGUGUGAGACAGAGUCUGUGCCUUUAGCGGCUCUACAGAGACGGAAGUCACUGCCUGUUCGAACCUCUGCGGAGGAAGUCUAUGUUCGCUUGGACAGAGAAUGUAUGGUGCCCCAUGCCUUUAAUAUGCCUUUGGAGAAAGGUAUUUUGUUAGAAAUCAAUGAAAACAAUGGAAUGAGAACAGAGGACCAUAAACCUAAAAAAGAUUCAACAGAGGUUAAAGGUCAACAUGAACCUAAAUUGCAGAUCAAGGGAGAAAGAGGAACAUCCACUGUAAGCCCGAGAUUGGAUCGAUCUCAACAUCAAACACAGAAAAUGAAUAAGGCUGAAAAUAAGAACAUGCCACCAAACGAGAAUGAUGUACUAAAGCCCGUCAUUGCUGCCUCAGUGGUAUCCCAGAGGUCUGUUAUUGCUCCACCAAAUAAAGAAGCCCAAGAUGACAGGAAAACAUCACCGCUUAACACCAAAGCACCUGUUCCUGUGACAAAGGCUAGGGUAUUGCCCAACACAAUCGGACCGAAGCAAACUGAAACAGUGAAUGUAACCCUACCAAUUCAUACAAUACCGAAAACAGCUGGACUGGUUGCUCCAGUAAUGCCUCAAUGUACGUCUUCACUGGUACCCAACAGUCCUCCCAAGCUGACUUCACCAGAUUCAACACCAAUCCAAACAUUUCCCAAAACAAGUCUGGGUCUUCCUGUUGCAACUGCGCAGAGUUCUGGAAAGUCAUCAUUAAAUACAACUACAACAAAAAUGACAACAUCACAAGAUGCAACACUGUUACCGCCAAGCCACAAACCACCAAAAACAUUGGGUCUGAAUGUUACUACAGCCACAAAAGAGGCUUUCGCACUUAGACAAGUGCAGAGCGGCCCUAAUUCCUUACAAAGAUUACAGGUCACUGGUGGAAAGGCAGAUUUGGUCCACACGAUAUCAACACCUCUGGCUAAUAAAGGGACCGAAGCAGUUUUAGCCUCAAACCCCAUUUCAGGUGGAAUACAGAUUAAAAUAACUCCAGCUACAGACAAGAAUCCAGUACAAAUGAAGAGCAACAACCCUCCUAAAACAUGUUUUAAAGUUAUUGAUGAUGUUUCGCCUCAGCCUGCACCUUUCGCUCACCGGUUUGUGUCGCUGAAGUCUAACCCUCCACCCAGUGAUACCUUCAGUAUCCACACCAGAGAAGUGCUGGGAGGUGGUCGAUUUGGCAAGGUGCACAAAUGUACAGAGACUAAGACAGGGAUGAGACUUGCUGCUAAAAUCAUCAACACAAGAAAUGCCAGAGAAAGGGAUAUGGCACUAAAUGAGAUCCAAGUCAUGAACCAGCUAAGUCACCCAAACAUCCUCCAACUUUAUGAAGCCUUUGAGGUCAAGAAUCAAGUGGUGCUGAUCCUGGAGUAUGUGGAGGGAGGUGAGUUGUUCGAGAGAAUUGUGGAUGAGAGCUGUCCGCUGACUGAGGUGGAUGCCAUGGUUUUUGUGAAACAGAUCUGUGAGGGUGUCCAGUACAUGCACCAGAUGUAUGUACUUCACCUGGACCUCAAGCCGGAGAACAUUCUACUUGUGAAUCGCUCUAGCCAUCAGGUGAAAAUUAUUGACUUUGGACUAGCGAGGAGAUAUAAACCACGAGAGAAGCUCAAAGUUUCAUUCGGAACGCCUGAAUUCUUAGCUCCGGAGGUGGUGAACUUCGAUUUUGUCUCCUUCCCUACAGAUAUGUGGACUUUGGGAGUUGUCACAUACAUGCUCUUAAGUGGCCUCUCUCCUUUUCUGGGCGAUGAUGACAGCCAGACCCUCAACAAUGUGCUUAUGGGCAACUGGUACUUUGAUGAGGAUGCAUUUGAGCAUGUGUCUGCUGAGGCUAGGGACUUCGUCUCCAACUUGCUGAUCAGAGAAAGAAGUGGUCGUCUGAGUGCUACACAGUGUCUCAAACACCCGUGGCUUAACAACAUCACUGAGAAAGCCAAGAGCACCAACAUUGUGCUCAAGUCUCAAGUUCUUCUCAAGAAGUAUAUGGCCAGACGAAUGUGGAAGAAAAACUACAUAGCUGUUGCUGCAGCCAAUAGGUUUAAGAAGAUCGGAAGUUCAGGUUCCCUAACUGCGCUUGCGUCAGAGACGUCAUACUGACUGUGCUCACUAUGUGUGCUUUUAUAAUAUGCAGAUCAUGUUUUUGUAUUGCUGUGCUGUAUUUGCCACCCACCUUUCAUAAUUAAAUACUCACUGGCUGCCAAUAUAAUUAUUCACAUGCAUCUGUAACAUGCAAUAAAACAGAUGUAC